AUGAGCUCCGAAGAGAAAGAAGAGGAAAAAUCGGAAGGCGAGGCCCGUCUGCACACGGCGACGGCCACCGUCUUCCUCAGGCCGGUUAUACCAGUGCCUCCACCAACUGAACCACCGCCACCACCACCGACAGCUGCUGAGGGACAGGAAAGCCCACGCGUGUGGUCGACGAUGACUACUCGGAUCGAGACAGCCACUUCAGUGAAGCAAUGGAGCACACCGGCCGAGAAGACCGUUGAAGGUCAUCCUCCGGGCCCGAAUGACAAACCGAACACCCUGGAGGGUGAGGCCCGGAGCGGCGUGCUGCGUGGGAUCACCCCCAACUACAAGCUGGGUGUGGAGAAACCAGACAGCCGUAUUGACCUGCCCCACUCGGGACACAUCCCGAAUGCCGACGGCGACUACAAGGUCAAGCAGCAGCAGGAUCAUUAUAAGCUGACUGUCAUUGACCCGAAAGUGCGUUCUUCUGCCAAUAUGCCAGCUCAUUCGACCACUCUACCUGAUCCUCGCAGAAUGAAAGCUGGAGAUUUUCCAUCAGAACACACGAAACGCUCUUUCGUCAAGGUCGACCCUCUGGAGCACAGGAAGCUGAAGUCAGUCGACACUCGCCCGAUCACCACCGCUGCCUACCUCACCGAAUCGGUACAACGGCACCGUGAUAUGGAGGCUAGCCGGCUGAAGGAGUAUCUACGUGCCAAGGAGGGUGACGCGAAUCAACCGUGGGACAAGCCGGAUUGGCCCGGACCCAGACCGCCCAAGAACGACGAGAGCCUCCGUGAGCUAGACAGUAUUAAGGAGCGAAUCGCUACCCUGCAAAAAAAAGCAAUAAGAGCUCAAUCAAUGCAGGAAUUAAUGUUGAUACCGCCAGAAGAGUUUGAGCGUAGUUUUACGCCAAUGCCAGAUCAAUCAAUUCAUCGAGACCCCGGAUGGCUGGUCAAAAUGCGGUCUCAAAGGUAUUUGGAGGAAGUGUCGGAGUCGGUGCGGAAACAUCGAUCGAUGCAGGAUCUCGGGGCGCCAUCGCCGAGGCAGGAGCCGGAGAAUCAUGAUUUGUCAGCACGACCGACGGGGGCUGAUCCGUUGCAGUGGCAGUUGCGAAAGGAGUUCCACCUCACCAAAUAUUCGAAAUUGUUUGGAUCGAAAAAUCGAUACUUUGUUCUCGAC